AUGCCCCCGCUCAGCGAAGUCACAAGAUCGCAGUCUAUCGCUCCUGGCCAGCCCCUGCUACCCGCUGCCGCUAGCCUCCGAUACACCCGCCUCCUAUUCUUCCGUCGGCAGGCCCUAUCCACCCAGGCCUCCCACGUCAUGUCGUCGACGCCGACGCGCGGGGUCAAGUUCGAGAGCGCGCUGGACUUCCUCGACCAGGUCAAGUUGCAGUUCCAACACCAGCCACAGAUCUACAACUACUUCCUCGACGUGAUGAAGGAGUUCAAGGCUCAAACAAUCGACACGCCUGGAGUCAUUGCUCGUGUUUCGGAUUUGUUCAAGGGUCACGACGAUCUCAUCUUGGGCUUCAACACUUUCCUUCCUCCUGGCUACAAGAUCGUGCCGGUUGCUGCUAUGCCGCCGCCUUCCGAGUCGGACGUAGCAAGAAAGCAGCCCGAGUUUGAUCACGCCAGGGCGUACGUGAAGAAGAUCAAGAUGCGCUUCCUGCACCAGCCGCAGAUCUACAAGAACUUCCUCGAGAUCCUGCACACCUUCCACAGGGAGCAGCACACAAUCAAGGACGUGUAUGAGCAAGUCGCGUACCUGUUCCAGGACCACCCGGAUCUCCUGGAGGAGUUCUCUGAGUUUCUUCCAGAGAACACCACUCCCAACCCGCAGCUGGGCGGCGUCGCAUACCCUCAGGCGGCCCCCAUACACCAUCCUCCCAAGCGUACGGCACCGAAGAUCAGAGGACAGCCCAUGAAGACCGCCGUUCGAGAUACCGGGAAGAAGGCGGCGAAGGAAAAGGCGAAGCCGGAGAAGUCGAGAGGAAUGAAGCGCAAGGCGCACGAGAAGGCGGAGGAGCGCAUGUCCAAGAAGCAACACCAGGACAACCUGAAGGAGCUGAACUUCUUCUACAAGGUCAGAAAGAAGCUGAACAACGAUAAGCUCUACAACGAAUUCCUCAAGUGCCUCAACCUCUUCUCCAACAAGAUCAUCACUCGAGUGGAACUGGCGGUGGUGGUGCGGGAUGUGUUUGCCGGGGAACCCGAACUGUUUGAGCGCUUCAAGAAGUUCAUCGGCUUCACCAGCGACGACGAGCUUGAACUGCCCGCUGUUGAUUCCGAGGAGGAGAUGCCCUCGCAGCACUGGUCGCUCGCUGACAUUGACUUCUCGGCCUGCAAGCGCUAUGGACCCAGCUACAGAGCGCUGCCCAAGAACUACCAAAAGGCCACUGUCACCGGCGACGAGCUCUCUCGGGAAGUGCUCAACACCAAAUACGUGAGCAUGGCCAUGGGUAGCGAGGAGGGCGGCUUCAAGGGAUCGCGUAAGAACCAGUACGAGGAGGUCUUGUUCAAGUAUGAGUUGGACCUGGUGAUCGAGCUCAACUCGUCCACCAUGCGUGCGUUGGAGCCCAUCCUCAAGCAGAUCAUGGAUAUGCCCGAGGACGAGGCCUCACGUUUCAAGAUCGACAACCUGGAUGUCCUGCACAUUCGCAGCAUUGAGCGCAUCUACGGAAACAAGGGUCCGGACGUUGUGGAUAAGCUCUUCAACAAUCCAGUGGUUGCGGUGCCUGUAAUCCUCAAGCGCUUGAAGCAGAAGGACAACGAAUGGCGCAACGCCCGCAGGGAGUGGAACAAGAUCUGGAGAGAGGCCGAGAAGAAGAACCUCUCCUCCAAGGUCCUCCUGGCGGAGAUCAAGCAGAAGUAUCAGGAGAAGCUCAAGCACAAGCCCUCGGAGCAACCGAACUACCACCUCAAGUACGGCAUGAAUGACCCGCAGGUGCUCAACGACAUCAACGACCUCAUCACCAACGCCGCUGAGCGCAUCCUGUCGAAGGCCGAUAGGGAGAGGUUGGACGCUUUCAUGGAGCGCUUCAUCAAGGCCUUCUUCUUGGUACCGUCCAAGGAGGAGGCCCUCGUCCAGCCCACGGCCAGCGCCAUGGAGGAAGAGAAGAAGGAAGGCGAGGUCGUCCCGCCCGAAGUCAAGCCCGAACCCAAGGAGGGUGACACGAUGGAAGUGGAGGGAGGCGCGCCGCCCGCGGCGCCUGCACAGCCUGCUGGCGACGCCAUGGAGCUUGAGAAGGCCAGCGAAGGGGCUGAAAAGACUGCCGAGCAGCAGCCCGAGGAAAAGAAAAUGGACGAGGAGCUGCCCAAGCAACAGGAGCCGGAACAGGAGGCUGAAGAGAAGAAGGACGAGGCCACGGAGACGUCCGCCGCCGCUGCCGCGAAAGAGCCUGCGGUCAAGGAAGAGGUGAUGCGUGAUGCCUCCGCUGUCGCCCCCGCGGUCGUAAGGCCCGAGCCGAUGGAGCCGCAAACGGCUCGUGGCAGAUCGCCGUCUACGAAGAUAUUCUUUGGCAACAAGGCCUUCUACUGCUUCUUCCGCCUCUACCAGAUCAUCUACGACAGGCUCACCGCGGCCAAGGAGAUGGAGAAGAAUUCGGACAAGAAGAAGUGGGCGGCCUCUGUCCUCACUCCGCCCAAGGAGAUGCUCAGCACCGCCUCCGAUAGCGAGAAGAAGGAUCCCUACCAGCACUUGAUCACCUCCAUCUACGCGCUUAUGGAGGGCUCGCUCGAGCAGUCCAAGUUCGAGGAUGACUGCCGAGACAUGUUCGGCAUCUCCUCGUACAUCCUGUUCACGAUCGACAAGCUCAUUGUGCAGCUCGCCAAGCAGCUCCAAAUCCUCAUCACGGACGAUUCGUGUGCGAAGCUUCUGGCCCUCUACGCCUACGAGGGGUCGCGGCCUCGAGGCUCGCUCGAAGUGAUCUACCACUCCAACGUGCUGGAGCUCCUGCCCGAGGACGAUCGCUGCUUCCGGUUCGAGUUCUCGCAGGAAAGCUGCGAGCUGACGAUCCAGCUGCUGGACAGCACCGACAAGCCCCGGUUCGUGGACCUGUCCUUUGACAAGGACAAGUGGGCCGAGUACGUCGAGAACUACGUCCAGUCCGACAAGUCCCACCUGGAUGUGCGCAAGCACAAGGUGUUCCUGCUCAGGAACCAGAGGAAGUGGACCAAGAAGGGCGGCAAUCCUAUGGAAAACGUGGUGGUGUCGAAUGGUCUCGAGUGCAAGAUCUGUCUCACCACCUACCGCCUCUUCUACGUCCAGGACACCCACGACUUCUUCUACAGAAGGAUCGCUUGA